GAAGCCCGUCGCAGAAAGGGAAGCCCACCUCACACUCGAUUUUCUCCCGGCCUCUCCCUCUCCCUCUCCCACUCUGCCCUGCAAAAGCUCAGCUCGAAUUUCUCUCGGUCUCUCCAUCGCACCCCAGCUGCAGCUCGUCGAUCUUGCGGACGAGAGCGUCUUCGGACCAGGAUUCCCCGUCGGCUUUCUUCUUCACGGUCUCCGCAGUUUCAAACUCUGAAUGAAAGCACGUCCACAUCAUCAUCAUCUAUGUCGUUGAUUAGGCGCCUAACUCCAUCCUUUGCUGGUCACACUCAAGAGAACCAUAGGCUUUUGAGCCCUUCUUCUUCUUCAGUGUUUCAUGGAGCCUUUUCUACUGCAUCGCAGUCUCUAGAUGAUGCACACACAAAGGAUGGUAACAUGCGGGUGAAGCCACCAUCGAAGAAUCUCCCUCAAAUUGUAAAACCCACCCACAGACCUCUUCAACCAUCUUCUUCACCACCUCCCUCUCUUCUCUCAGACCUCAAGCUGCCCUCUCUAUCUCCAUUACCAACCCUGACUCUCUCUAUAACCAAUCAUGAUAAUCUGAUGAACUUUCUUAAGUCCAAACUCUUUCCUCUCACACCCAGGAGUCUCCUCCACUUCCUCAAGUGCAAACUCCACCCCAACCCUCAUUUGACCCUCUAUGACUUUUAUAUAUUCAGUUGGGCCUCCAUGAUUGACUCCUAUCGCCAUGACCACUCAACAUUUGAGUGGAUGGCUUGCACUCUCGCUAUUUCAAGCCGUUUCGCGCAACUCAAUUCACUUCUCCAGUUCAUGGCCUCAAACCCUUGCCCUUGCUCUGAUGGAAUUUUCUCAUGCCCCAGGACAGAGCCAAUCUUUCAAUUCUCAAUAGAAGCUUAUUGCAGAGCUCAGAAACUAGAGGAAGCAGUGAUUGCUUUUGAGAGUAUGGAGAAGAUGAUUGAUGGCAGGCCGAGUGCGGUGAGUUAUAAUGCUUUGAUUCAUGGAUUUGUGAAAUGGGGUGACCAUGCCAGGGCUUUGGCCAUCUAUGAUCAAAUGAUAAGGAACAGAGUCAAGCCUAAUGUGAUAACCUUUAAUAUCUUGAUUAGUAGUUAUUGUAGAAGUUCACAGUUUGGAUUGGCUUUGGAGGUGUUUAAGGAGAUGAAGGAGAAGGGUUGCAGCCCAGAUGUGGUCAGUUUCAAUACUUUGAUCAGGGGGUUUUUUCGGGAGAGGAAGUUUGAGGAUGCGAUCGCAAUGGCUUAUGAGAUGAUCGAACUGGGGUGCCAGUUGUCGAGUGUGACUUGUGAGAUUUUGGUCGAUGGCCUAUGUAGGGAAGGUAAAGUGGCUGAGGCAUGUGAAUUGCUGAUUGGUUUUUCAAGUAAAAGAGUGUUGCCUGAGGAGUAUGAUUAUUUUGGCCUUGUGGAAGCUUUGUGCAGUUCAGGCAAUUCUCAUAGAGCACUUGAUGUUGUUACUGAUCUGUGGAAGACGGGGAAUAUUCCAAGCUUGAUUGCUUGUACUACUUUGGUGGAAGGAUUGAGGAAGCAGAAGAAAAGGGAAGAAGCACUUGCUUUGAUGGAAAAUAUGCUUAAAGAAGGUAUUGUACCAGACAUUGUGACGUUUAAUUGUUUGCUUGAGGAUCUUUCUGAUAUAGGGAAGACUGUGGAAGCAAACAAAUUGAGGUUGUUGGCGCAAAGCAAGGGUUUGGAACCAGAUGGCAUGAUGUACAGGGUUCUGGUAUCUGGUUUUACAAGAGAAAGAAAGAGAAAGGAGGGCGAGAUUCUGGUAGAUGAGAUGUUAGACAAGGACUUUAUACCUGAUCUUGCAACGUACAAUAGAUUGAUUGAUGGACUUUCAAACUCAAAAAUUACUUCUAGGAAGAAAGGUUGAAGAUGGGUUAGGAUCUUAUUCUUUUCACCUUGGUUUCUGGAAUGCUGGCAUCUGUUUGCAAACCCCCUCAUGCUCUGUGCUUGGUUUGCCAAUCAGUUUUAUCACUUUGGGACAAAGCGGGUUUAGGCUACGUUUCAGAUGGUUGAGGACAAUGUACAGCCUGGGAGCGAGCAGAACAGAUAAUGGUACGUGCACAAAACAACAAGUGGAAAGGAAUGGAAACUUCGCAUUGAGUUGUACGAAUUGUAAAGCCAGGAGAGCAGAUUGUGAUGCUCAGCAAGAGAUGAUGCGGAUGAGAAGUGCCCAGACGACAUCUAGGAGGUAUGAAUCAUGGUAACAGUGAUAAGUAUUAAUCCUAAGAUAUGAGAGAGUUGGAAAGUUUGAGUGACUGAGAAUAGUUUAUUUGGAUUAUGUUUAUAUAUAGACAUAAAAGCUGCAGAAGAUCAACAUUGAAUUUUCUGGCAGAUCUCAAACUGACACCAAGUAAUCUAAUGAGGAAAAGCUUAGGGUAGAAAAUUCAUGCAAAUUCUGAAUUGGGCUCUGCUAUAUAUAUGAUAUAACUUGUGUGAGAUAGACCCUGGCAAAGAGAUUUCUUAGGAUUGAAAGUAAUGCAGAAAAGAGAAGGCAAGAGCCAAAGCUGUUAAAACAAAGUAUAAAAUCAUAAACUAUCAGGUUGGCAAAGCUGUCAAGUACUCGAUGUUGAUAGAACAAAUUAGGCACUUUACAUUUGGUUUGGUGGUGAACUGCCCUAAUAAUGCCCUUUUUCUGUGCUCCUCAUCGAUGAAUCGGUUGAUGAGAAAAAUAAUCCCCUAACUUCAUAAAUUCGGUAAGACAAAAACUCCAUGUGUGGCUCGAAUAUAAGAUUGUUUGAACUUGAUGAUAUAAUCGGUAUGCCUUAUCCAUGUAUACAUAUCUUUCUUUGUUCAGUGGGUGCAAGUGCUGCCAUUAAACUUUAGUUUUACAUUUUAUUAAAUGUAACACCAUAAAAAAGUUUUAUCUCACUAAAAAGCUCUGGACCCUCUAGAUUACCAAAUUAAGACGACUCGUUUCAACUUUUUAACUGAGGAUAGAUUCAAAUCACGGCACUUGUUUAGGAUUUUUCUUUAUGAGACGAAAAUUAGUAUUUUGGAUUUUUGUUAGGCUAAAAUUUUGGAGUAAACGUAUCAUGAGAGC